UUUAAGUGGCUUAAGGCUUUUCUCCCUUUCGGCCAAUCAGCUCCAGUCAGCGCGUGCUGUGUAGUUUCCAAGGAGACCUACGGGAGAGGAGGGUGCCCAGUAGCGCUUCCCAGAGGAUAGGCAAGUAUCCUACUCCUCACAUAAAGUGUUGAGUUACCGAGCAAAGGGCGAGACAGAGAGGUAGAUUGCACAUCGUAUCAAUGGCAGAGUAGAAGUAGAAAAAACAUCAUUGAUGAAAGGACGUCAGCGAACACAGAAGCGUGCGCAGGGCUUUGUGAAACGUCGCAAAGCACAGAAGGUUGGAAAGAGAGGCUGUCGACUCCAGAUCCUGCUCUGAGGGGGGUCGAGAACAGAUUCUCUGAAAGCCCGUUUGAAAGCGGUCUGAAAAGUAAACGUCGCCUCGUAAUACAUCUGCGCUCCGGGCCAAAACAGUCUGGGUUUGUUGAUGGUGUGUCUGGCUAGCGGAAGGUUCCGGGCAGACGCCACACAUCUGGGGCACCGGCGGUGAACGGAAGAACUACGGGAGACGCAGGAGAGGUGUUCGGAGACGCGAUUAAAAUGGGGGCUUUGGUCCUUGUUCCCCUCCCAGCAUCCUUCGGUGCAGCCCUGCAGCAGCAGCAGCGCCCAUCAUGCCAGAUGUGAAGGCGGCCGCCGUACCAUGUGACCUCCCCCCCGCCACCCCCCCGCCAGGCUGCAGCAGCAUGGACCUGGAGCGCUGCCUGCCCGACCUGCCCUCCUCCCUCUCCGUCCUGCAGGGCUUCCCCCACGCGCCCUACCCCAGCCUCGAGGCUCCUAUCUUGGGCCAGUGUCCCCCCGGCAGCCUCCUGGGGAGCCUGGGUCUCCGGUACUGUUCAUCGAGCGGCGGCAUGGGGCCUCCAUCGCCCAGGUACCCCGGCAGCACGCCACCCAGCCCCAGGGCCAAGCGGCAGCAGCAGCAGCAGCAGCAGCAGCAGGCCCUCCGGGCGUGUGUGAACACCACCACCACUACCACCACCACCAGUAGCAGCAGCAGCAGUAGCAGCCGCAGCAGGCUGUACCGGAGCAUGGAGAACUUAAACUGGGCCGUGUCGGACCCCAGCCUGUACGCGCUGAGCGGGGUGCCCUACAGGAGUGUGGACAGCGAGUUCAUCCUGCACUGCACUUCCACCAGCCACUGGUACGACAGCCAGCCUGAGGACGGCGGCAGUGGCGGCGGGCACCUUCACGCCGGCGUGGUGGCCAACCCGGAAAGCCUGGCGUUUUACCCGCGCCGGGUGCUGACUCGCCGGGACGUCCCGCUCUUCCCGCAGUGGAUGUUCCCCACCACCACCGCGGAGGAGUGGGCCGUCAACGGGAACGCUCGGAAAGGCCUGCGGGACAAACUGCGCCUGCAGAGCGCUCGCGUCACGGAGCCCCUGAAGCCCCUCCGGCCGCAGGUGGCCCCGGGGAACGGGGUCGUGGGGCCCCCGUACGCAACGGGCUGGGGCGGAGAGAAGGAGGGGGUGGUGCCGCGUCUGUGCCCUGCGCCCCGCGCCCUAAGCGCCCGCCGCAUCACCAGCCCUGAGGAGAUUAAACAGGAAGUGCUCAGGCGGCUGCAGCUGCGCAGGCAGAACAGCAGCCCCAAUCUGGCACUGCACGACACGUCCGCGACUCCUCCGCAGGAGACCCAGAAUGAAAACAUGAGCCGGUCAUUCACCUCCGAUCCACUAGGGGGCGGCGGAAGGUCAGCCCACUCCACUCCGGAGCGCAAGAGACGACCCAUGGGGCGCCUCUACAUCCCCACGUUCGAGGAGUUUAAGAGGAUGCGACAGAAGGAGAGUGGACACGGUCAGCUGGUGGCUUCAACAGCACCCUCAUCUGGCCAAAAUGGGAACUGCAGCCAGAAUGAGAGGAACAGCUGCGAGCAGAAUGGGGGACAAAGCAGCAGUGAUGAGCAGGGUGGACGACACAGCAGUAACCAGGAGAUGGAGACAGAUCAAGACAAUAAAGACAAAGACAACGAACAGACAAUCGCAGAGACUGAGAAAAAACAUGCUGUCUGUGAACCACCCGCCCAAAACCAACACCAAACCCAAGAGCAGGUUUUGAAUCACACACAUGAUAACAUUGAAGCCCAUUGUCAGUCCCAGAACCAGAACCAAACCCCAUGUCAGACUCGAGAGUGCCCCCUAGAGGCCUCCUCUAACUCCAGCCUGGCUCCAUCAGCUCCCACCUCCUCUUCCUCCUCCUCCUCCUCCUCUUCCUCGUCCACCACCACCUCACCCUCAACCACACUCGCCCCCAUCUGCACCAGCCCCGCACCACGCUCCCCCCUCCCGUCCACAUCUGCUCCUCCUCCUCACGACGGGGACAACAACAACAGCAGCGCCGCCGCCGUCGCCGCCGGGGAGCCCCAGCCCGCAGCCUCGGGGGCCACAGACGGGCCCCUCGGCUCUUUCCCUCCUCCGCGCAAACCGAGCGGCGAGGGCCCCUCCAGCUGCUGCCCCGCGCUGCUCCUGGAGGGGGCCGACCUCUCCAGCUACGGAGCCAAGAUCUACAGCAUGAGGGACGGCCUGCUGGGCUCCGCGCUGGACCUCAUCAAGAAGAGCUGCAGUGCAGAGGUUGCCGUGGAGGCCUCUGUCAGGUUGUCACGUGAGCGGAAUGAAAGCAAGAGCGGCAGCGGUCGAGGCGACGACGCUGGGGAGGACGGCGAGAGGCACGUUGCCGCUGACAACGCCCCGCCCACUCAGCCGGCCCAGCGCCGUCAAUCUGCCGACGUUGCCAUGACGACGCCGGCCUGCAGAGCCGGGGCUGACGGUGGUGGCGGUGGAGAGGCAGCCGCAGGACCAGAGGCAGAGACAGAGACAGAGGGAGGAGGAGGAGGAGAAGACGGAGACGGAGACGGAGACGGAGAAGAGGAGACCUCAGGAUGCGUAAGACAAUCCUCCAAUUCUCCUUUCAUCUCUUGCUCCUUUAUUUAUUUAUCAACACCUCUCCUCAAAAAUCUCUCUGGACCGGGCUGCAGGCGCUCCAGCUCGGACGCGGCCUAUGAGCCAGCGGAGGCGGUGAGGGCCCAGCGCGAGUGCCGCCUGCGGCCCCACUUCAGCGACCCCAUGCCCGCCGACGCCGCCAAGCGCAAGCAGCUGGAGAUGAAGAUCGCCGCCGCAGCAAGGCUGCACAGCCACCGCCGAGACCGGGACGCCGGUUCAGCUAUCACCAGGGGGCGCUCUGAGCCACGCGGUGAGGAGCGCGGGGGCGUCUGCGGGGGCCGGCGAGCCGGCGGGGGCGGUCAGCAGCACCGGUGGAGCACGGUGAGCAGCCUGAGCGCCGACAGCGGGGUGGUGGGCCUGAGCGACGAGCGGGAGGACGAGGACGAACCGCGGCAGCUGGCCCAGCGGCACAGCGCCGGCGCCGAGGUGGAGCGCACCGACAGCGGCAUCGGCACGGGACUGGCGCGCGCCUGGAAGAGACCCUCGGCCGCCCUGAGGGCCUGGGAGGCCCGGCGACCCUGCCCCGACUGCGGGAAGAGGGAGCUGGGGAACGACGGCGGAGGUGGUGGGGGAGGUGUGGACGGCGGGGGCGAGACGACGAUUCGAGAGGAAGCCAUGUGCGAGCGGUGUUCGAAGCUACGCACCGAGCGCAAGGAGGCCAUCUUGGAGUUCCUCAACACGGAGGCUAGUUACGGCGAGGACCUGCGCAUCAUCAAGGAGGAGUUCUACUGCCCCAUGCAGAGCGCCGGCCUGCUCAGUGCCGACCAUCUGGCCGUAGUGUUCGGAAACGUUCAGGAGCUAAUCGACGUCAACGAGCGCUUCACUGAACACCUGCAGGAGAGCAUCGACCAGGCCUUCGACCAGGGUGACGAGGACCUGCUGUCUGUGUGCAUCGGCGAGAUCUUCCUGGAGUUUGUCAACAUGCUGCCGGCCUUCCAGACCUACUGCCUGCAGCAGUCCGUCUCCGUCAACAUGCUCAACACCCUGGAGAAGGAGAAGGAGCUGCUCAGGAUCUUCCUGGAUGUCUCCCAGAAUGACAACACGGCCCUGCGGCGCAUGAACCUGCGCUCCUUCCUCAUGGCCCCGCUGCAGCGCGUCACUAAGUACCCGCUGCUGCUCAGCCGCAUCAGCAAGGCCACCAGCGACUGCCACCCGGACCACGCCCGUCUGCGCGAGGCCAAGAGCCGCGUGGAGUCUCACCUGGAGCACAUCAACAUGAAGACGAGGCAGGAGGGGCUGGGCGGCACGGCCACGUGGUCGCUGCGCUCGUUCCGGCGCGAGAGCCGCAAGAACCGCGAGGUGAUCAACAUCGAGAUGCGCGAGGUGUCGCUGCGGACGGUGGGGUGGACGCGCGAGAGCACGCGCUUCGUCAUGGAGGGGCCCCUGCAGCUGGCCCAGCCCACCGACGGACAGUGGGCCAAGAAGGGGAGCAAGGCGCUCAAGUUCCAGAACGUGCAGGGCCUGCUCAUGGUGCACACCCUGAAGAGCCCUGAAGGGGGCGAGGGCGGGGGAGGGCAGAAGCCAGUGGGGGGGGAACUCGAGCAAGGUGGGGAUAUGGUGCGAGACGGCGUGCUCGUGCUCAUCAAAGACAAGAGCAGCGGGAAGUUCACCGUACUCCGAGAGCCCAUCCGCUUGGCGAACUGCGUGGUGUCGGCCGACCCGGAUUGCGACGACACCUUUGAAGUGUUGGACAUACGGCGUGAGGCAUUUGUGUUCCGAGCUUCGGACAAGGCGCGCACCCAGCAGUGGUUUCGUUUGAUCAAGAGGUACGUUUGCGAUCUGGGACCGUGGAGGAAACGGCGGAACGCGCUGCCCAAUAUCAUGAUCAACACAAUCCAAAGCCGGUCCUGAGACUGAAUCCUGUGGAACACCUCGCUCCCUCAGCCAGCUGAAUUUUGGUGUAAAUAAAGUCAAUUAUUCUUGCCUCUUGCAGACAGUGUUACAUGGAUGAAGGCGAAAGUUUUUUUUCUGCAUUCCAUUCUUAAUAGACGUGUAACAAAAAAGAAGUUUCAUUGGCGUUUGUAAAAGGAUUUAAUAGUGAUUUGAUGGUUGAAGAAUGAUGCACUUUUUUCUACUGACUCGAGGGGGAUUUAAAGGACACUUUGAAAAAACAAACAAAGAAAACAGAUAAAGGUUGAAUGCAGAGCCAGUUGAAAGACCAAAUGAAGGAUUCCCGGAACACUACCGGCCAGUGAUUGUAAAAGUUGUUUGCUUUGCUACUGAAAAAGAGAAAGGAAAAAAAAAACACAUGUGGGUGCUGACAUUCACAUGGUUACCGUGACAAGCAUGACUGGAAAAAAAAAAAAAACAUGUAUGCUACAAAAGAAAGAAACUCUGAUGAUAGUAAUAAUGCACAAAUCGGUGAACACUACUGUUAAACAUCUGAAAUCAAUACUGGAUCAGGAUUUCAGUUAAAGGGGGGGGGGGGGGGGGAGUGUGAAAAGUCAUUUUUUGGUGACCAAGGCAAGUAAGUAACGGCCCUUGUCCUGAAGAGUCCUGGGGUCAUUAGCACUAUCCACUGCCAGGUACAUGCAGCGGUCAUCAGGUCUAACCCUGCUUCUAUCACUGUGCCCGACACACCAUCGCUCCGCAGCAAUAAACUAUGGCAGUAAUACACUAGUAGCAAGUAAGAUAUCCAUCGCACAAAAGGUCAUCAAUUCUGGUAAUGUCACAGUUGAUGGAAAACAUGGAGUUACAGAAACAUGCUGUUGUUUUUGUUUGUUUGUUUGUUUGUUUGUUUGUUUGUUUUUUGCUCUUUCCUAUUGACAUCGGACCUGGUUACUCAGUCCUGGUCUGGGAUGUGUUUGGAUCACAUUUGUGAGUGAGCAAUCGAGGCCGUAAAGAAUCAAAAGGUCGCGAGGGGAUUGUCACUGAGCUUUUUGGUUUCAUGACCAGGGUGCAGCAAUAGCAGGAGGAAUAUGGGGGAAGAUAAAGGUCGUGACCUUUUCAGAAAAUGUCCCUGCAUUGAGCCCUCAGUGAUUAGGAAAGGGUGUGAACGUUUGUGCCUUGGGUUUUCACUUUAAAAAACAAUGAGAAUCUAUUUCAGUCCUGCUCACACAUACAGGCCCACCUGUGUCACUGAGAAGCUAGCCAGGAAAGGGCUCUAAAAUGGCUUCAAGAAAACUAUGAAAAAUGCAGCACCUCAACUGCAGUCCCACCCAUUUACUUCUUUCUUUUUUUUUUUCCUUUUUCUUUUUUUUUUCUUGCGUAUUUGAGGUUUCCUCCCUUCUGUUCAAUGCACUUUAUAACUGAAAGCUCUGCAAAUUUGUCUGUGAAUGAAGGACAUUCUUUCCUGUGGCUUUAUCUCUAUUUAUGAAAAAAGCUUUACUUCGCCAUUGUGGCGUUUUAUUUGACAGAUGUGUUUUGAAGGGCAAGACUUAAACAAAACCACAGUAGUAGAGUGUAGCAGGUAAUAUUUCCUCUACCAUACCAGACCCCCAGUUAUAGUGCUAUACGUCCCUCGUUUGUUUGAUUUAACACAAGCACACACGGAUGUGGGCCUUCACGGUUUAGUCUCUGGACAGACAUACUUGCAAGGGGCAUUGGGAUUAAUGCCAGGCUCUGUGCAUCUCUUCUCUAGUGGUAUUAAUACUGUUCGAAUCUUUCAAGGCUUCCAUAGUCAUUGUCAAAAAAAAAAAAGUAAAAAUAAAAGGUCACUGGAAUUUCACGCGACAGUGGGCUAGCGACUGAGACCUGUUAAACUGUUAAAUGCUUUCUUUUCACUAUUUUCAAAACCUAAUUUAAUAUUUCUUUUGUGUAAUAUAUUGUGGAUUAUAUUAAAAAUACAAUUCCAACGUGA